GAGACGACUCGUAGCGACUCGUACUCCACUUCGGGGAUAAAAAGAGGCUCGCGCAAUACGAUGAAUCAGAGUGACACUUUCGACAGUGGUGAAUCAAACGGCAACUUAUCCAACGUCCUAUGAACGGGAAAACGAGAAUGGGGAUUCUUAUCAAAUAGUAUAAGGUGACGAAGUUCGUACUAAUCUACGAUACUGCAUAGGCGACUUCGGUAUUACUUCAUUUCCUAGUAACGAGAGUUCCUCGUGGGACUCCCACUUGAAAAGGCUCAAAUGACCUCGUCGGCCGUAAAAACUUGGUUACAGCGUGGAGAGCUCGAGAAACUCGAGAAUGUCGUAUUGGAGGGUCGAGGUGUGCGCUUAUUAGGCGAACACUCGCACGAUCUUCGAACUCGUGUCUUCCUGAAGGGACUCCCGAACUAUUUGACAAAGAUCUCUCAAGUGCAUGACGCUGUGACACGCGGCUCACUAGCGGAUACGCAGCGCAUCAUAGCCGAAGAGUCGAAGAAGAAGUUGGCGAUCGCCAAGGACUCUUGUGGCACCCCCUUGAUACACAAGGCGGUCUACUACGAUCAUCCCGACAUCGUCGCAUGGCUCAUAGAAAACUACCCCAUCGCACCGCAACAGAAAGAUAAGGAGGGAAAAACAGCUCUGCACUAUUGCGCCGCGUGCAAGGAUUCCGACGCGAUCUGGGAUCUUCUCAUAGAAGGCGGAUGUGACGCCAGCGUUUGCGACAAGAAGGGGAAUCCGGCGGCUUAUUACUUGGAACACUGCGCGGAGAUUGAAUUGCCAGAAGUGGAGAUCAUGUCUCGUCGGAGGAAAAGUACCGGAAGAGAUUAUCUCGACUAUAAGCCCUCCAAUAUCAGGAUAUGGAUACACAACAGAGACAUUGGAAAACUGCAACACGUACUGUGGGAAGGACACGGGGCGAAAUUGCGAUGCGAGACCAGCAACAAUACCCGGGUCAAAAAAUUCUUGGAGGCCGUGCCCUUCAUCAUGGGCACGAUAAAGGAUAUUCACACGGCGACCAUUAACAACGACUUAGAUGGCCUCAAGAAGAAACUGGAAGAACCCGUUUCGCCCGUCAUCCUGGGGGGCAAGGAUAGCAACGGAUUAAACGCCUUGCAUAAGGCCGCCGGUUUAGGACACUUGGACAUCGCGCGCGAGAUCCUCGAGAGGUACCCUGCGGCAGUGGCGGCCCAGGACAACGAAGGCAAGACUCCACUGCAUUACGCGGCUGCGCUUAAAGACGACGGCGCUAUGUACGAUCUCCUGACGGAGUACGGAGCCGACGAGAGCAAACUGGACAAUAGGCAAAAGGCGCCCGCGUUCUAUAAAAACCGGCCCUCGGACGUGGACGUGACGAAUCUGUCGGUGAUACCGGACGCACCUCGCGUUUCCGGCAACACUUAUCCGAAAAAUUGGGACUGGAAGAUCCUGGAGGCGAACCAAGUACUCAGCCGCGGAAUGAAGAAGAUGAUCAGCAGGAGCGACAUCGAUAGCGCUUUCGGUAGCGCCGAGUCCACCACCAAGGAUUCGGAUGCCUCGAGUGAGGUGAAAAAAGCGGACGACGAACAGCAGGAGGAGGAGGAAGCUGAGACUCCGAAUGGAGAUGUAGAGGAGGAGAAAGCUGAGACUCCGAACGGAGGUGUAGAGGAGGAGGAAGCUGAGACUCCGAACGAAGGUGUAGAGGAGGAGGAGGAGGCGCAGAAUGAAGAAGAUAAUGAGGCUAACGGUGAGGAGGCUGACGGUGAGGAAAAGCAAGAGGAGGAGCAGGAACAGGAGCAGGAGGAGGAAGAGGAGGCCCCAAACGAUGAAGAAGCGAACGAGGAGGAGAAGCAGGAAGAGGAGGAGGAGGAGGAACCGAAAGCAGACGAUUCCGAGGAGAAGGCAUCCUCGGACGAUGACGUGGUGACCGGUCCGGUCGCGGAGAGAGAUGAAGAGGAUGACGGCGAGGAAUCCCCGAAGAACGAGGAAAAGAACGAAGAGGAGCGAAACGAUCCUAGCACCGGUGACUCCGGCGUCGACGAUCCUGCGCAGGACGAGGAGCAGCAGGUCAUCGGAGAGCACGAGGAGUCCGCCGAGGUCGAACUCGACGACAGUGGUAUGGCCCGUGAUCCGGAAGUAGACAACUUGGUGGCGAACGGCAACAUGGAACAACUGGCGAGUCUGGUCCUCAAUGGCGAAGGCCGGCGAUUAGUGGGACGACAGUCCGGAAAUCCGGAACUCCAGGCGUUCAUCGACAAUGUACCAGCCUACAUGGGAAAAAUUCACGCGGUGCACAUGGCUGCGCGAGAAGGGAACCUUCGGGAUCUGCAGAGCGCCCUGGAUCGUCGCAAAUUCGCGGUGGCGCGGGACGAAUCGUCACCCCACGGUGCGACACCGUUGCACGUGGCUGUCGUGUUCGGCAAUACCGCUGUCAUCAGGUACCUGGCAGGAAGGUUUCCAGAAACCGCUCAGGCCAUCGAUCUGGACGGACGCACUCCGUUGCAUUACGCCGCGACGCUCGCUGACAACGGUCAUUACUACAACCUCCUGCUUCAUUUGGGCGCCAACCCUCUAAUGCAAGAUAACUUCGGACAUAAGGCGGAUUAUUACAAGCAAAAUCAAAGAGACCUAUCGCACAAAAAGAUCCUGCGCGAUUUCGGGGCCAGCGAGAGGCUCGCCGACGAAAUGCUGACGGACAAAGGUAUUUCUUGAUUUGAGGCAUUCUUUUGAGCACCAUCGGCAAACAUGAGAACAUCCCUCUUAUGCCCAUGACACACUUCCCCCUUAAAUCCCUCAACACCUCCCAACGACACGGAUGGUAACUCGGCUGUUCUGUUGCCACCGCCGCUUGCUGCCGACCCGGACGAGACCGGAACAGUACCCGGAGGUGACGUCUACUCCGCUCGGCGGGACGUAAGCGAGCCGGAGACAUUGGCCACUCUGGAACGGUGUUUCCGAUUGCUGGCGGGUAACCGCCGGUCGUCCGCACCGAAGACAGCGUCGAACGCCGGUACAUUAGUUGGCCGUUGCCUGAAGCGACCGGUUUUCGAUCUAAUCAAGCACCGUGUGACUCGCAUGGACCACAAUCUCUUUGACGUGAUCUGGCCGGCGAUGAAAAGGUACGGUACGGUCACGGCCAGCGGCAAUAAGAACAGCAGCGCGCAUUCAACCAUCAGCUACUACGACGAGGACCACGGCUACGGCGUGGUGGCGCCCGACUUCGAGAGUUACGUCGUCUUCACUGAGUUCUUCGACCCCUUCAUCCGCGAGUUGCAUUGCGUCACGGCGAGCGGCGACCUGCCCGACCAUCCACCGCCGCGUUUCUUCAACAACGACGACGAAGGGGACGAGGAGCCGCUGCCAGACGAGGCGACGCUCGCCUCGAUCGAGCAGCACGACCUCGACCCACUCUGCAAGUUCAUCCAGGCCGGUGUCAUCGAGUGCACGCGAAACCUCGACAACUACGCGCUACCUUUGACUUUGACGGUCAAUCAGCUGGAGGAGGUCGAACGGGAGAUCACGAAUCAGCUAAUGAGCCCGGAGAUCACUGCCAUGAUGGCGGAGGGUAGUAGCGAGGACGAAGCCGGCACGUACUUCACCCUCAACGAGAUCCUGGAGCAACCCAGUCGUAUACGAGCGCAGCUGGCGGCGGCUGGUCUGCUCUUGCCGAUCACCGAGUACGACGUGAACGACGAUCGACAUCUUCACGGCAAACACUGGCCUUACGGACGUGGCGUUUACGUCACUACCGUCGGCGACCUCGCCGCGUGGGUCAACAUUCAGGACCAUCUGCGCAUCGUCUGCCGCACCAACGAGAACCGACCAGGCCUGGUGGGUCGCGCCUACGUCAGGAUGGCCAGGCUGAUGAUGAUACUCGAUCAGAAGUUGAGAUUCAAGCGCGAUCAGAAGCUGGGUUUCUUAAGCGCGCGUCCUCAAACCCUCGGAAACACCUUGAGGUUUUGCCUGGUCGCCAAAUUCCCGGAACUCUCGAAGACACCCGACAAUCUACGACACCUCUGCGUGGUGCGCGGUCUCAGCGUGCGCAACACCGCCAAGAGCGACAUGGUGAAGAUCAGCAAUCAACAGUCGCUCGCCAUCACAGAGCUGCAGACUCUGCAGGACUUCUCCAGAGCGGUUCACAAUAUCAUCUCGCUGGAGAAGGAACUGUCGUUGAACAACUCGAUGAAGAUCGCCACCCUUAUCGCCGAUGACAGCGAAGUUGACAUACCGAUAUUUCGCUCGGAAGAAGGUCGCUAUUUGGCGUCGUCACUGGGCGAUCCCUUGAUCAAAGGACUAACGGAAGUCGCUAACGCACGGCCGAAGGAUCCAGUCACGUAUCUCGCGACAUACUUGUACAACUUUGCCAGUAAAAAUAAAACGAACGAACAGGAAUCCGACGUUCUCAUUAUACCCGAUCGUGAAGAGGAGAACUUGGAAAAUCUCGAGAACAAUUUCGACGAGGACGCCGGUUACCCGCAGAGUCCGGAUUCGGACGUACCCGAGUCCACGUUUAGCAAUCCUAAUCGGGACGAACAUGGGCAAAGCAUGAUCCACUUCGCGGCUGUUCGCUCUUACUCAAAGGACGGCUUGUACCACCUGCUGCUGGAGACGCAGGUAAACGUCGGUUUCAGGGAUGAACUAUAUCGAACCGCCAGAGACGUCGCCGAACAGGCGAAUAUUCGGGAGAACGUCGACGAGAUCGAUCGUUACGUGGUUUAUUUAGCGGCCAGAGGCGAAACGGAAAAAUUAGUCGAGCUCUUAUUGGAGGGUUACGAUCACAUCUUGGAUGCCGAGGACGACGGGGUGAACAUCGUAGACAUCGCCGCGGAAAGGGGCCACGAAGCUACCGUGCAAUUUCUGCAAUCGAUCCCUAAUUACGCGAAUCAACGUGAAGAGGUGCACGCCGCGAUCCGCGCGAGCGACGAGGAUCGCGUGAAGGAGCUACUGCAUAAGAACAACGGGGGUGGGAAGUUACUGGCCGUUGGGAAGAACUCGAUUGGCCGUUGCGCCCUGCAUAUCGCCGUGCUCCGAGAGCAGGAAGACCUCGUUAAAUUCAUCGCGAGAACGUAUCCGGAAACGUUGCGCAUCGGAGAUAACUUGGAGAGGACAGCUCUUCAUUACGCAAUGGGAGUGCCGUCCGUGGAAGUUUUAAGCAACGUGCUGAUCAAGGCAGGCGCAAAACGUAUCGUUAAAGAUCUAAAAUCCCGGCAGCCUUCGUAUUACUUCAUGAAUAAAUCUGACAUCGAGAGACUUCAGGAAGAGGAGAAAUCCAUGACCACAUGAGAUCAUACGAUAUCGAUAUUCGCACCGAUUUUGCAGAUACACAAUCACACUUCAAUAUACUCAAACGUUCCAUCAAGAUGUUGCGAAACAGGGUCGGCGAGGCAGCGAUAAGCUGAAAGAAUUAAUAAAGUUUGGGGAUCGGAAAGAAAACUCGACUUUUUAUCUGUUUGACAAUCAGUCUUUCUCAAAACCGAGUGAAAUAAAAUAUUUGAGUUUAGAACAAUGUUAUGAACUUGAGGAUUUUAACAGAAGCAAAGAAAUCUUGGUAUUUUCUUGUUUUUUUACGACUAAUUCGACUUGUACAUCAAAGCUUAAAUGCGCUUUCGGCGACCCUAUUGAGUUACUCAAACGUUAGCUCGACGAAUCAUCAAAAACAUAUAGAUUCAUAACAUGUUUGAAUUAAUGUGGAGACAAUUUAGUGCCUUACAAAUAAAUGUAACGAGACUGCAA